UUUAUAAAUAAAGUUUGUUGAAAUUUCACUUUGACCUCCAGGAGAGACAGGCAUGGCUGCGGGAUUGUUGAAGAAAGCACUUCCUAGGCUUGGAGCAGCCGUUCCUAGGUGGCCCGGUGUUCACUGCAUGACCACCCGGCUGUAUGGAACUGCAGUAGCCCAGACCGAACUCCAUCAACCAGACAACUCGGUUGGCAGUGACCAGAUUUUAACAGAGCCUCUCAAACACCCUGACUUCUUCCAUCUGUCUGAGCUGUUCUCUUUGAAGGAUCUUUUUGAUGCCAGAGUGCACCUGGGGCACAAGAGAGGCUGCAGACACAGGCUGAUGGAGCAGUAUCUGUUUGGCUGCCGUUUGGAACAGGACAUCCUUGAUCUGGACCAGACGAUGGAGCACCUGCAGCAGGCUCUCAACUUCACUGCUCAUGUGGCGUACCGCCAUGGCAUCAUCCUGUUUGUCAGCCGCAACCGUCAGUUCACCCACCUGAUCGAGAGCAUGGCCAGAGACUGCGGGGAGUACGCCCACUGCCGCUACUGGCAGGGCGGCCUGUUGACCAACGCUAAUGUCCAGUAUGGUAAGGGCGUGCGACUGCCGGACCUCAUCGUCUUUCUCAGCACCCUCAACAAUGUCUUCCAGCAGCAUGUGGCUGUCCGGGAUGCAGCCAAGAUGAACAUCCCCACAGUGGGCAUCGUGGACUCGAACUGUAACCCCAGCCUCCUCACCUACCCAGUCCCGGGGAAUGACGACUCGGCCCCAGCUGUGGAACUCUACUGCAAGCUGUUCAGAAUGACCAUCAACAGAGCCAAGGACAAGAGAAGGCAAAUGGAAAUCCUGUACGGCUUGAAGAGCCAGAAUGAUUGAUUAUAACUAGGACUCAUGUUUUAAUGGGGUUCCUUGGGAGUGAACAGAUGGCUGUGGUUACCAACUCCAGUCCUUGGGCACUACUUGCUCUUCAGGUUUUUGUUUCAAUCAGGAUCCAAGUAGUUUUUUUUUUUUUUUUUU